UUGUUGAUGUCUCAUGACAUGAUUUUUAUCGUGCUGUUUUUAUUACUAUCAGGAUUACUACUAAUCUACGACUAAUUUUAAGUGACCUGCUAACUAGACUAUUGAUUGUAUAGGCGGGCUAAGAACUUUAUGUGGAGACGGUACGGCAGUUUAAACCAAACAGAGAAAUGAGCGUUAUCGCAAAGGUUGUUAUUAUAUUGGGCAUCACUCUCUGUGUUGGUGGACAGGAUUACGUGGAUUCAUAUUCCGAAUCCGGCGACAGUGAUUAUGACGAGUAUACAGACACGCCUGAUCCUUUUGCUGAUUUAUCGAAGCAUCGGGAGUUGGUCAACAAAUGGUACGGCUCAGACAAGAUAGCAAAUGAAUCUCUAUGGACCAGAUCAUCUUUGAAUUAUAACGACACAACAUGCUCUCUGGACAUGGCGUGGGUCUUGAACGAGGCCAGAACUACUUUACUCGCAAGAGGAACCACGUUGACCACUGACGAGCAGAAUCUUGUCAUAUCAACAAUUGACAACCUAAUCAAAGAUGAAAUCGACAAAUCAAUGGAAGACGAUCACAAGAAUAAAAAAUUAGCACUGGGGAGUGAAGAAUGUCUGACAUUAUUCGACGAAUUGAAAGACUCCAGAUCGCACCUGGAUUGUGUUUUGAGUCCUCAAGUGGUUUCGAGUUAUUUUACAAAUAUGUUUCCGCCGACUCGAUGUUGGGAAUUCACAGAAGGACUAUGGGAAGACAUUAUUGCCGCUGGAAAUUUCGACGAUAGAUGUUCCAGUAUCGGUGCAUACACUGAUCUAGUUCGUGUUGCGCAGAUUGCCAAAGCACGAUACAGAAGCAAAAAUUGGGAUACAGGAGAUUCAUUAUUACACUUAACGUUGAUGGCUAAACUAUCGGAAACUAUAUCAUCACCAAGUCAUCUUCAAUACCUAAACAAAAUAUCUUGUCCUAUUCAUCCACCAAAGACUACAUCUUGCCCAGAAGUUGUCAGCAUCGUUCGUUCAACCGUCUGUGGCCCUCUUUCGUUAUCUACAGUGAAACAAAUCGAGGAUAUCGUAAAAGCAGCGCCGAUGUCACACCCGUCUACAGCAAUAGAGGAUAUGGCCAUCAUGAUGGAAUUAUUAGGUGAUUUGACGGAGGUUGUUGACACACUUUCAAAAUCAAAAAUUCAAUCCAGGGAUUCUAUGGAAUACGCCGUCAAAUCUUUAAACACAUAUCUCGAUAUUGUGGACAACACGAUUGGCGAACAUUCCAAGGAAAUAUGGGCAGAGAUGCCAACCGAUAAAAGUCAAGAAAGGUUGCAGUUUGUCCUGGUUAACAACGAGCAAUAUGUGGGAGCUCUGACAGAAAUCAUGUGGAAAGGUUUGAGGGAUGUCAAUACUACAGGAUUAGAAAAGAAAUCUAUGGCUCUUCAACUUCUAAAGAUGCCAAGAGAUAGCGCAACAAAAAAAGUUGGAUUCGAAUUUGACGAAGUGAACAUCGAGACUGAUUUGGAAGGAAGCGCAAAUCAAACUGGAGAUGCGUACAAAGUGUUUGCCAUUCAUUACAAGUCAUGGGCUGAACUUAUGGGAAAAACAGGAUUGUACUUCGGUAAUACUUCGCUCGCACAGAAGGACAAAACCUUCAUAGGGAAAGGUGGAAUCAUCUCUCUGACUGCUCAUAUGGACGAAGAGAAAAAAUCGGUCCCUGUUUCAUAUAAAAUGAAGUUUGGCGACAAAAUUGAAAUUUCUGAUAAUUCAUCUGCUACAAGAUCGAAGCAUCGUUGUCUAUCUUGUGAAUAUCUAAACACGACAACAGGAGAAUGGCAAAAUACUGGAUGUUACGUCGAACACGCGGAUGACCUGGGAGUGACUUGUCAUUGUGAUCACACAACUAACUUUGCUGCGUUUAUGUCCCCUGUACAGAUACAGAUCAACAUGACUGAUGCUCAGUAUCAGGCUAAACAGAUUGUGGGCUACGUCGGUUCUGGUGUCUCCGUGUUGGCGUUAGCUUUGUCUCUGAUCAUAUUCAAUGUUGUUCGACCAACUAUUAGGAACGACAGAUUGAAAGCUCACAUGAAUCUUGCAAUUGCCCUGUUCUUUGUCCAUGCGACACAGCUUACAGUAGAUUUUGCUAUCAACAAUGAUGUAGCCUGUUUGUCGACAGCAAUCAUUACGCAUUUCUUCUUACUCGCGUCAUUUUUCUGGAUGCUCAUUGAGGGAAUAUUUUUGUACUUAUAUGUUGUACAAGUCUUUGUACAUUCAACUGUGGAAUAUCUCAAAUGGGUUUUCUUACUUGGUUGGAUAAUUCCAGCCUUGGUCGUCGCUAUUUCGGCAGGUGUUGGAAUUCCAAACGAUACAUAUUUGGAUCUAAAACCUGAUAACACUUAUUGCAAAGAAACCGAAGUUCUCUAUCCACCACUUCCUACCCCCACCGGAUCAAAAUAUGAACAAUGUUGGUUGAGUGCGAAAUCUGGAAUGUCAUGGUCAUUUAUUUUUCCAGCUUUAAUUAUUAUUUUGAUCAACUUCGUCAUCUUGUGCAAAGUUGUUCAGGUUCUUGUUAAAGUUUCUGGAAGAAGCCAAACUAUCCGCCCAUUCAAACCGAGUACUUCCUCAAGUGGAAGAAAAUAUACUGGAAGAGACACAAGCAGUUCAUACAUUAACAAAACGUAUGGACAAAAAGAUAUGGAUUCACAUUCAAAGUACAAGACGUCAGAAGUCAAGACAAAUAAACCUAAAGAAGUGAAAUCGGAACCCAAUACUGAUUAUGGAUCAACAUCUAAUGGUCAUUCAGAAAAACCACCUACUACGAAAAAUAUGAACUCAAGUCCACGUCAAUCUCCUAGCAGGGCGAUUCCCCGGCGAUUAAAUUUGACGGUCGGAUCCCAUCUCAAGCAUAUAUGUAUAACCGAGCACAGGCUGGUGAAUCAAUCACCAAUGAAGGAAGAAUCAACAGGGAAGCAUUUCGUCAAUGAUGUGAAGGCAGCUGUAAAAGGCGCACUGGUUCUGUUGCCUAUACUUGGUAUACCCUGGAUUUGCGGAAUGUGGGUCUACAACAGCUAUGAAUUAAUGAUGUUUUUCCUGAUCAUAAAUUCUACGCAAGGACUUGUGAUUUUCAUUGUAUAUUGUUUGAUGAAUGGAGAGGUUCGACGUGCAAUGCAACGCCAUAUGCAGUUAGCAAAGAUCCGUAGUCAAAAUGGUCGUUCAAGAGCCAGUAGUACAAGUAGUCUUCGAUCACUCAACAGUAAAUUCACAAGAAGUUGGAGACGAAAAGUGUCAACAGAAUCUCAUCCAGUUCACAAAUAAAUAGGGAAUUUGCUGUCGAUGUGUUUUAUUUUAGCAUCAUCAUCAUUGCGACUCAAUGCACAGAUUUACAUCAGAAACAAAUUAGUUGCGGUUUAACAGCAGUGACAGCUAAAUUAAGAAUUAUUGAUGGCUGAUAAUAAACGGCUGAAAUGGCUGAUUGAAUUCUACCAAAAAUCUUUGUUGCAAGGAUUAAACCUAAUUAUUUUUCAGACGCCUUGAAUCUGAAGAUAUUGUCCGACACGGGAACAGUUAUUGUAGUGUACCUUCUAUACUUUACAUUGCUAUAUGUAUUAGCUAUUUACUCAACGCCAAAGUUAUCAUUUUUCAAAUUAAAGAAAUUUCGAAGAUUGCUUGCAGAUUUCUGUAUUGAUUUUAUGUAUAGUUAUCAACUUCAGGUUACAGGUAUCGUGAUUUCCACAGUUCUCAGGAACAAAAUGUAAAUCUGAUUAAUCCCUUGAUUUACUUAAUGUCAUCCAAUUUGCGUGACUUUGCCCACUGUCGACAUAUGGUGUCAGAUAUGACAUCUCUUUUACUUCAAUCUGAAGUUUUUUUUAGCCUAAUUUUUUUGUUCAAUUCCAUGAUAUUUUAUAUAAUAAUUGCAGUAAUAGUUAAGAUUAUGAUAUUCUGUAUUAGCUAAGACUCCGCUCACAAUUCUUCAAACCCAUAAGUAAUAUCUUCAAAUAUAACGAGAAUUAAUGGUCAUCUUUGUUGUGGACGCAAAAAUAGGCGAGAUCGAUUGCAAGCAAAGUUAUAUUAUGCCUUUAUAUCUCACGAUUGCAGGAUUUUUCCAGGGACUAUAUCGUCACAAUAUUUUUCUGGUUUUGCUUGGUAUAUUCUGGUUUACAAUGUUUUGUGCGAAAUCCAGGAUAAAUUCAGAAAUUUUUGUUUAAUAGCAUUUAUUGAAGGGGAGUAUACAAUGCUUCCUUUCGCUACAUUCUUACCGCAUUUUUGUGUAUCAUCGCUUGCUAUCUUGUUUCGUUAUUUUUUCUUAACGUUUGACACAUUAGAAUAAAAAUUGAUACUUCUUGCUGUCUAAACUUUA